UUCAGGACAAACUUCCCGCGGUCGGACACGCGCCCAUGAGGCUCCAGAGGAGCCCGCAGCGAUGCCCCUCCCCGCCUCCCCCGUCCCGGGCCGGCCACCCCGAGCAGCGGAGCGGCUGGCGGGCGGUCCCCGUUCACCUGCAGGAGCUGGAAGAGCCCCCGCUCCUCCGCGUAGGCGCCCGCGGGCGGCGGCCAGGGCCGGGCUGGGUCCUGCAUGGGCGCCUCCGCCAUGGCUGCCCCUAGCAACGUGAGGCGUUGCUAAGGAGACGUCAUCGCUGCGCGCCGGGAGCGGCCUCGCGCCGCACGGGGGCGUGGCCAGCGCCGGCUGAACGGCGCCGGGAGCGGCCGAACGUCAUCGGGCGCCGACGGUUGCCGGGGAGACGGCGGCGCGGUUGCCGCGGCAACGGCGGGGCUGAGGGCCCGCGCUCAGCGCUGUCCGCCCGCUCAUCCCGCCCAGAGCGGCCGCCCCGCCAGCCCGGCCCCUCCCGGGGAGCUGCCGCACCGCCGCCGCCCGCACACCGGCCGAUCCAGAAAUAAGAAAACAUGGAUGAAGUCGUGGAGACCCUAAAAAAGAUCGAGCAGAACUACAAGCUCUUCCAGCAGCAGCAGUUCUCAUUUAUCAGAGCACUGGAACACACCCGGGAGGAAGCCCACGACUCCUUCAGACCUGUGUCAUCCAUCAUCCAGGUACAGUGCUACAAGGACCACCACUGUUACAAUGCCACAGACAGGCGCAUCCUCAACAUGUUCAUCUCCAUCUGCAACGAUCUCCGCAACCUCUGCCAGAAGCUGGGAACGGUGCAUCCUGGGGACAGCGUGUCCAACGGCCUUGUGGAGAAGUGCAAAGUGCUCCUCAAUGACAGCAACGACCUCACAGCCAUCCGAGCCACCUACCCCCACGGUGUUGUGAACUACCUGAGCUGGGAAGAAGCCAGGAAUCGCUAUGGAGGGGUGGUGAGCCUCAUCCCCAUCGUUAUAGACACCAUGAGGGAGUGGAUAACAUACAUGAAGAGCCACCUUCUGCCUAAUGAAAGAGAAUGCAAGAGGUGCAAGUAUGAAGAUCCUCGUUUGAAAAAUAAAGCUCCUUGGGUUCCACCAGGCAAAAAUACCUAUUAAAGGAUCAAAACUCCUGCAUCAUCUGCUCACCUACUUUAACCUAAUAGCUG